CUGGGUCGACAUAGGGGUCCCCAGAGGUCUGGACCUGCUCUCCUGGGCCAGCUCUUCCUCCCGAGUCGUUUCCUGCGGGGCCCCAGGCCCGCAGACCGCGCGGAACUUCCGCCUCGAGCUGCUCGAGGCGUGAGAAGUCUGGGCCCCCCCCUCCGCAGCCGCUGGAGCCGAAGCUGCCCCCCCCGUCCUCGGCGGGCCGACGGGCCGACCGGCGCGCAGGCUGCCCCCAUGGCGGCUUCGGCGGCACGGGGCGACACGGGGCGGGUGCAGGAGCUCCUGGAGGCGCUGCGGGGCGACGCCGAUUCGGAUGUGCGCCGGCUGGCGGCGGAGGCGCUCGGGAAGCUCGGCGCCGCGGAGGCCGCGCCCGGGCUCCUGGAGGCGCUGCGGGGCGACGCCAAUUUGAAUGUGCGCCGGACGGCGGCGGCGGCGCUCGGGAAGCUCGGCGCCGCGGAGGCCGCGCCCGGGCUCCUGGAGGCGCUGCGGGGCGACAAGCAUUCGGAAGUGCGCCAGACGGCGGCGGAGGUGCUCGGGAAGCUCGGCGCCGCGGAGGCCGCGCCCGGGCUCCUGGAGGCGCUGCGGAACGCCGAUUCGGGUGUGCGCCGGAAGGCGGCGGCGGCGCUCGUGGAGCUCGGCGCCGCGGAGGCCGCGCCCGGGCUCCUGGAGGCGCUGCGGGGCGCCGAAUACGAUGUGCGCUGGGGGGCGCUGCGGGGCGACGCCCUGCGGGACGCCAAUUCGGAUGUGCGCUGUCUGGCGGCGGAGGCGCUCGGGGAGCUCGGCGCCGCGGAGGCCGCGCCCGGGCUCCUGGAGGCGCUGCGGGGCGACUUCGAUUCGCGGGUGCGCUGGAAGGCGGCGGAGGCGCUCGGGAAGCUCGGCGCCGCGGAGGCCGCGCCCGGGCUCCUGGAGGCGCUGCGGGGCGACAAGGAUUCGGGUGUGCGCCGGGAGGCGGCGGCGGCGCUCGUGGAGCUCGGCGCCGCGGAGGCCGCGCCCGGGCUCCUGGAGGCGCUGCGGGGCGACAAGGAUUCGGGUGUGCGCUGGCGGGCGGCGGCGGCGCUCGGGGAGCUCGGCGCCGCGGAGGCCGCGCCCGGGCUCCUGGAGGCGCUGCGGGGCGACGCCGAUUGGAAUGUGCGCCGGACGGCGGCGGCGGCGCUCGGGGAGCUCGACGCCGCGGAGGCCGCGCCCGGGCUCCUGGAGGCGCUGCGGGGCGACUUCGAUUCGCGGGUGCGCUGGAAGGCGGCGGAGGCGCUCGGGAAGCUCGGCGCCGCGGAGGCCGCGCCCGGGCUCCUGGAGGCGCUGCGGGGCGACGCCGAUUCGGAUGUGCGCUGGAAGGCGGCGGAGGCGCUCGUGAAGCUCGACGCCGCGGAGGCCGCGCCCGGGCUCCUGAGGAUGCUGGAGGAGGACGUUGAUCCGGAGUUUCGCCGAACGGCGGCCAAGAUGCUCGACAGGUUCGACCCCAAGGACCUCGCCUUGCAGCUUGUGCGCACGGUCAGGAACAGGGACAUGGGCAUCCCUUGGCGCGAGACCGCGGCUUCGGAGCUGGCCAGGCUGGUCACCAAAGAUUCCGCUGUGGCGCUGGCGCUGGCCGACGAGCACGCCGACGCGUUGCACGACGCGGCGCAGGAGGAGGAGGUUGGCAAAGUCUUCCGCGACAGCUGCGCCAAGGCUGUGGGUAAGAUCGACGCGGCGCACGCGCAGGCGGCCGACGACGCAGCCAGGCACGGCACAGCUACGCAGCACAGGGCUUCCACUUCUGGUUCAUGAGCCGCGAAGAGUUCCUGGCACUGCCUGAGGACAGGCCAAUGCCCCGCCACCAGACCCUGAGGGAUCAGGGCAAGUUGGUGCGCAUCUUCAUGACCGACGCAGACGUCCUGUCUGGAGCGGCGAGGACAAAGGCUGCAGUCAGCCAUCGCUGGGUCAGGCAUUGGCACAUUGACCCGGACUGCACCAAGCUGAAGAAACUGAAGACGAUUCUGCGCGAGAGCCCGGACAUCACCCACGUCUGGAUCGACUGGGCGUGCGCUCCGCAGAAAUGGAAGGACGACGCCACGGAAGGGCGCAAAACAUUCGUGGAGCAGGAGGAAUUCAACAGGACUUUGGCGAACGUCCUCCCAUAUCCGUAAUGGCUUCGCCCCCUGCCGCCGGCCCCCUCUCUCGGAGAAUGGGCCAUGGAAGAGCUAAGUCAUGAGGCUUUGGCGCUGUCGUGCAGCAGUAUCG